AUGGAAAGCUUUUUCCAGGAUUCGGAUCCCCAGGUGUCAGGAAACCGACAAUGGAUGUCACAUUUGUGUGAAACGUUGUGGGAUGUACCUCUGUACAAUUUGUCAAUCCCAGGGAGCCAUGACACCAUGACUUAUUGUUUGGACAGAUGUUCACCAAUCGAUCCAGAUUCCCCAAAACUGCUGCUCUUUUUAGGGAAAUAUGUGCCUUAUAUAACGCGCCAAAUCAUCUUACGCUGGAGUACGACACAGACUUUAACUGUUACUCAACAACUGGAUGCUGGGAUAAGAUACCUCGAUCUUCGAAUAGCUCACAGACCUGACGUUCCUUCUCCAAACCUAUACUUUGUACAUGGAUUGUAUACCUUUGUGACUGUAGAGGAAAUCCUGAACGAGGUCUCGGACUGGAUGACUAAGAACCCGAAGGAGAUGCUUAUCCUGGCGUGCCGCAACCUACAAUCGAUGUCCCCAGUGCACCAUAUGCAUCUAAUCAGCUGUAUACAGAGGAUAUUCGGCUCUAGGCUAUGUCCAAAAUAUGAACAAGCUACACUAAGGAACAUGUGGAAAAAAGGAUUCCAGAUUAUUGUUUCGUAUGACAACAACAUUGCAGUAAAAAAUGAAUACCUUUGGCCUUCUAUACCAUACUGGUGGGCAAACACAACAAAUAAGAACUCCUUGAUAAACUUCCUGGAAAGGAAAAAGCACUUAGGACGACCAGAUGGAUUUUUUGUGGCCGGUCUCAAUUUGACAGAAAAUGCCUCAUACGUCUUAAAACACCCAUUUGGGUCCAUGAAGAAAUUAACUUUGCCUAAACUCUCAUUCCUGAACAGCUGGGUGCAGAAGCAACACACUGGAGAUAUCAAAGAUGCCACCAACAUCAUUGCAGAAGAUCUUAUAGGCUCUGGACAGUUUGUUUCUGAUGUCAUUGAACUUAAUCGGAAGCUAUUAUUGGAUAAAAACUGA